UAUAGGACGGAAGAGAACCCCAUCUGGAAAAGAAGGGGACUUAAGGGACAAUAACAGGAGCACUGGAUCCUAAGUGAUGAAACUUUUUUGACUUUUCUCUUCUGUCAACAUUUUUUGGGAAUAUUUUACGCACGACGAAUGCGGACAUUCACUUAAAGCUGGAAAGCAAACUCUAAGAAAAAUGGCACAUCUACACCUGAGAUACCUCCUGGCUAUGGCCUUGGUGCAUGUGGUUUUGUCCUCCGGAGUGUUUGAGCUGAAGAUUCAUUCCUUCCACUCGGCUCAGCGGAUCUGCAGGAGACACAGGGACUGUCACAUAUUUUUCAGGAUUUGCCUAAAACACCCGGAGGAUGUGAUCUCUGCUGAGCCGCCUUGCACUUUUGGUACCGGACACACCAACGUGAUCAGAGCCGAUCACACGUCGAUAUCCAGCAGCGCUCCCAUCAGGGUGCCAUUUCACUUCAAGUGGCCGGGAACAUUUUCAUUAAUCAUUGAAGCCUGGAACGCUGAAUCUCCAACUGAAUACACAGACAACCAAAACAACCUGGUGAGCCGCCUUGCAACCCGGAGGAGACUCGCCAUCGGGGAGGACUGGUCCCAGGAUGUGCACUUCGGCGAGCAGAGCGAGCUGCGUUACUCUUACCACGUCUUCUGUGACGAAUACUACUUUGGAGACGGCUGUGCAGAAUACUGCAGGCCGAGAGACGACACGCUGGGACACUACACCUGCGACGAGGAGGGGAACCGAAUCUGCCUGGAAGGCUGGAAGGGAAACUACUGCUCUGAACCCAUCUGCUCAGCGGACUGCAGCGAGAAGCACGGUUACUGCGAGGCCCCCGGGGGCUGUACGUGUCGCAUGGGCUGGCAGGGCCCCUCCUGCAAGGAAUGUGUCCGCUACCCGGGCUGCCUCCACGGGACCUGCAGUCAGCCGUGGCAGUGUAACUGUCAGGAGGGCUGGGGGGGCCUCUUCUGUGACCAGGACCUCAACUACUGCACCAACCACAAACCCUGCGCCAACGGGGCCACCUGCACCAACACCGGGCAGGGCAGCUACACCUGCACCUGCAGGCCUGGCUUUGGAGGAACCAACUGUGAGCUGGAGACCAACGAGUGUGACAGCAACCCCUGCAAGAACGGAGGCAGCUGCAACGACCUUGAGAACGACUACUCCUGCACCUGUCCUCAGGGAUUCUACGGUAAAAACUGUGAGAUCAUCGCCAUGACGUGCGCAGACGGUCCCUGCUUCAACGGCGGUACCUGUGUGGAGACAAUGACCGGAGGCUACACCUGCCGCUGCCCCCCCAGUUACACCGGCUCCAACUGUGAGAAGAAGCUGGACCGCUGCAGCAACAGGCCGUGUCUGAACGGAGGCGAAUGUUUGGAUCUCGGCCAGAGUGUUCUGUGUCGCUGCCAGGCCGGCUUCACCGGCGCCAACUGUCAGGUGAACAUCGACGACUGUGCAUCGACCCCGUGCCAGAACGCAGGAACUUGCCAGGAUGGUGUGAACGACUACACCUGUUCCUGCACCCUUGGCUACACCGGCAAGAACUGCAGCGUGCGCUCGGACGCCUGCGGGGCUCGUCCCUGCCAGAACGGUGGCACCUGCUUCACCCACUUCACCGGGCCUGUGUGCCAGUGUCCCAAAGGCUUUAUGGGUCCCAGCUGUGAGUUUACUCUGCAGCCCAGCUUCAAACCAGCUCUACUUCAAACCUCCCAGCCCUCAUCCGCCACCCUCACUGUCUCCUGCGUCCUCUCCAUCCUGGUGCUGGUUCUGGUGGCAGGUAUCAUCUUUCUGAGGAGGAGGAGGAGGCUGCAGGGGAGGAAGCCGCUGAGCGAAACUGCGGUCUUCAACGACUUUGAGACGGUGAACAACCUGGGAGGAAGCGAAAGAGACGCGUUCCUCGUUCCAAACGGCAUGUUCAAGAUCAGCAACAGCACUGCUCGCCUCAGCCUCUCGCUGUGCCCCGACGCACACUCCGGGUUCAGACACAACCCGGUGGAGAGCAGUCUGGUCCGGGGGGAGCGUCAGGACUUUAUGUGGAGGGACGAAGCAGGGCUGGGCUCUGCACCAGGACUGAGAUGAAACAGAGGAAACACUGAUGUGGAGGUAGAAGAUUAUUAGCACUUGAUGCUCCUCUCUCUUCAUGCACAGUGAAGAACGGAGCAAAAAACAUGAACUGAGAACGCUCUGCUCAUGAAAACCAUUCAAAAAAGAAGACAAAAAAUAUUUCAAAUGAACUAUUCUGAUGAAGAUUAUUAACAAAGAUUAUUGAAAAUGUAUGCGGGGCAAAGCUCUUCCAUGUUUAAGACCCAAAGAAACAAAAAGAGGAUACACUUUUCAUAGGACCUACAACACAAACCAAAUACAGGACAGAACAAAACUCUGAAAAACUUUGGAAAAACUGCCCAAAAAUAUCUUUAAUUGUUUUUUUUAAUGCAUUCACUGUUUAAUUAUGUCCCAUUUUUUUACACACAAUUUUUGUUUUGCUUUUCAAUCUUCCUUUGAUCAUUAUUUCCUGAUUGUGCGCACCAUCAUUUUUUAUUAUUUAUAUUAUUUAUUUAUUGUAAAACUUGUGUUUAUGGCUCCACUUUGAUUGUGACAGAUGAAGAGAUUUAUUUAUAUGAUGCUGAAUGAGACCGACCGAUGAUGUUUUGAUAGGUGAAGGCUGCGUGAAAUAUCCAAAAGAGAUUCAGUUCAGGGAUAUAAAGAAAACAAAAAGUGCUUUAUCACAAAGUCAGCCAGUACUGUCAUUUAUAUUUAUACUUUAUUCACCACUGCUCCUUCACCUGCCAUUUUGGGUUCAUGCCAAAGUUUGUGUUAUGUUUCAUUUAUUUAAUAUCAUCAUGUUGUGCUUGUGUUCCAAUAAAGAUUUGCUCUGAUGCAAUUCUGAAUGAAAA